AUGAGCACACGAACCUUGGAACAACGGAGAGCGCAGACUGCCAAUUCGAGGCAGGCGCUGGCGGCUCGCAGGGAGCUGGGCCGCCAACGGAGGGAGCAGGCAGCUGCAGCAGCAGCUGUCGCGCAGGAAAACACACUGAAUGGAUAUGAAGAGCGGCGGCUGGUGGCUCACUGGUCGGCGUGGGCUGGCAACGCCUGGGUGGAGCAACGGGAGCAGGUCCGGCCUGUUCGAGCCGCCGAUUCUCGCGGCGAGUUGCUGGAACUCGUGUGCGUCGAGUGUUCGGAGUUCAUCGGCGCGGAGCUGUACGCGAAUUGCAACAGGUGCGGCCUGCCCGUCCGUGCGCCGUGCGGUUACCGGGGCUACCGCGGUGGCAUCCCAGCGCCGUUCUGGCAUGGCCUCCCGCGCCCUACGGGCGGCAGUGCCUACUUGGGCGACCGCGAGGUGGAGGCGGCCGCGGCGAGGGGGCGCGAGGCGCGCUGGCAGGUUUUCCGCGCGGGCGAUGCGGCGCCGCUCGAGCGGCCGCCGCGCGCGGGCGACCCGUGCAAGGGCCGUCUCGAGGCGAUGGGCGGCGCGCGCCGCGUCAUCCCCAUGAUCGGAGAGCACCGCGCGGCGCUGGCGGAGCUGGACAGCCAGACAUUG